UUGGUAGAAUUGGUGUUAUUUUGUUUUCGCGGACUUUUGUGUAUUGUGCUUUUGUUAUUGUUUGCUUUUAAUUAAAAAUCAAUUGUCUUUUUGCUAGAGAUUAUUGAAAAAAAUGGAAUAUUCAAAGAAACAUAAAGCUUUUUUACAAGUCUUUUUACAAAAUGGAAUUAUCUCCGCCCAUGAAGCUCGUGGAAUAGCAGUAAAAAUAUUUGAUAACACUGAUACCGUUGAUUCUCAUGCUCUUCUCAUUAAUAUACAAUUACAAAUUGUAAACAUGGCAUUAAAAUCGGUUAAAUGUGAACACACCGGCGAAGAAUUCUGGGUGCUUGUUAGCACUAUUCUUGAUGAUUCGACAAAAUUUCAACAAGAAUAUACUCAUGCUCAAUUGGAAUUGUUGAGAAAAAUAUACGCUGAGAUAAUUACUUCUGCGACGAAAAGCGUUUCUGGAACCGAUUGCUUAAAUUUCUGCACGACCUUAGAAAACCGAUUAAGUAAACAUGACGGUGAAGAUUUUUUGAAUGAAAUGAUUGCCAAACAAUGGCUUUAUUGUUCGAACGGAAUAUUCUACAUGGGAGCGAGGAGUAUUGCUGAACAGUUGCUUUAUUUUAAAUCAACUUAUGACGAUGCUUUAGCGAACUGCGUGCUCUGCAAGCAAGUUAUAUUUUACGGCCAUACCUGCCAGGAAUGCAAUCAUAUCAUUCACAAUCACUGUCUUUUCAAUUACGCCCGAAUACAAAAGCCAUUAAAGUGUCCUCAGUGUUCUAAACCAAUGCCUGAUGUAGAAAUCGAAGAUACACAAGAUGUUACUAAUGAUGAUAGUAUGGAAGUGAGUCAGGACCAGACUCAAAACGUAAGUCAAACAAAGAAAAAACGUAGCAGACGUCACUGAUAUUAUCAGUUUAUUAAAAAAAAAAAAGUGUUUUAUUUUACGAAAAAAAAAGAAUGUAAAUGAUGAGUAUAUAUUUUAAGUUAUCAGUAUUCUAAAUAAGUGAUGUAAAUUUAAAACCAUAUAUUUGUUAUAAAAGAGAAUAUGUUUCAUAACUUAGGUCUAUAUUAAAGUGAAUUUUUAUAA